GCCCCGCCCCCGCGCGCGCUCGCCUGCGGGUCGGCAGCCUCGCUCUGGUUCUCGCGGCGCCCCCGCGCGGAGUCGGAGCGUCAUUCGGUCCCUAGAGCGGCUUUAGGGCGGCGGGCUGCAGCCGGCAGAGCGCGCCGACCCGGGGAGGCGGUGGUGUCCGCGGGCGUCGCGUGAGGAGGCGCGGAGCCCGAAGACUCGCGCAGCGCGAUGGCACCCAUUGGCCUCAAAGCCGUGGUCGGAGAGAAGAUCAUGCAUGAUGUGAUCAAGAAAGUAAAGAAGAAGGGGGAGUGGAAGGUGCUGGUGGUGGAUCAGCUGAGCAUGAGGAUGCUCUCCUCCUGCUGUAAGAUGACGGACAUCAUGACCGAGGGGAUAACAAUUGUGGAAGACAUCAACAAGUGCAGGGAGCCACUGCCCAGCCUGGAGGCUGUGUAUCUCAUCACUCCAUCUGAGAAGUCUGUCCGCUCUCUCAUCAAUGACUUUAAGGACCCACCAACGGCCAAGUACCGGGCCGCCCAUGUCUUCUUCACCGACUCUUGUCCAGAUGCCCUGUUUAACGAGCUGGUAAAAUCUCGAGCAGCCAAAGUCAUCAAAACUCUGACGGAAAUCAAUAUCGCCUUUCUCCCGUACGAAUCCCAGGUGUACUCCCUGGACUCUGCCGACUCUUUCCAGAGCUUCUACAGUCCGCACAAGGCUCAGAUGAAGAACCCCAUCCUGGAGCGCCUGGCAGAGCAGAUCGCGACUCUGUGCGCCACCCUGAAGGAGUACCCCGCCGUGCGGUACCGGGGGGAAUACAAGGACAAUGCCUUGCUGGCUCAGUUAAUCCAGGACAAGCUCGAUGCCUACAAAGCUGACGACCCAACCAUGGGGGAGGGCCCAGACAAGGCUCGCUCCCAGCUCCUGAUCCUGGACCGCGGGUUUGACCCCAGCUCCCCCGUGCUUCACGAACUGACUUUUCAGGCCAUGAGUUAUGACCUGCUGCCUAUUGAGAAUGAUGUGUACAAGUAUGAGACGAGCGGCAUCGGAGAGGCGCGGGUGAAGGAAGUGCUCCUGGACGAGGACGACGACCUCUGGGUGGCGCUGCGCCACAAGCACAUCGCGGAAGUGUCGCAGGAAGUCACCCGUUCUCUGAAAGACUUUUCUUCCAGCAAGAGAAUGAAUACGGGAGAGAAGACCACCAUGCGGGACCUGUCCCAGAUGCUGAAGAAAAUGCCCCAGUACCAGAAAGAGCUCAGCAAGUACUCGACCCACCUGCACCUGGCCGAGGACUGCAUGAAGCAUUACCAAGGCACUGUGGAUAAGCUCUGCCGAGUGGAGCAGGACCUGGCCAUGGGCACGGACGCUGAAGGCGAGAAGAUCAAGGACCCCAUGAGAGCCAUUGUCCCCAUUCUUCUGGAUGCAAAUGUCAGCACUUACGACAAAAUCCGCAUCAUCCUUCUCUAUAUCUUUCUGAAGAAUGGCAUCACUGAGGAAAACCUGAACAAACUGAUCCAGCACGCGCAGAUCCCCCCGGAGGACAGUGAGAUCAUCACCAACAUGGCGCACCUGGGUGUGCCCAUCGUCACGGAUUCCACGUUGCGUCGCAGGAGCAAGCCAGAGCGGAAGGAGCGCAUCAGUGAGCAGACCUAUCAGCUCUCACGCUGGACCCCGAUCAUUAAAGACAUCAUGGAGGACACUAUUGAGGACAAGCUCGAUACCAAGCACUACCCGUAUAUCUCUACCCGCUCCUCUGCCUCCUUCAGCACCACUGCUGUCAGCGCCCGCUAUGGGCACUGGCACAAGAACAAGGCCCCGGGGGAGUACCGCAGUGGUCCCCGCCUCAUUAUCUUCAUCCUCGGAGGAGUGAGUCUGAGUGAGAUGCGCUGCGCAUAUGAGGUGACCCAGGCCAACGGCAAGUGGGAAGUGCUGAUAGGUUCUACUCAUAUUCUUACUCCCACCAAAUUUCUCAUGGACCUGAGACACCCCGACUUCAGGGAGUCCUCUAGGGUAUCUUUUGAGGAUCAGGCUCCAACAAUGGAGUGAGAGCCAAAGAAACAAAAGAUCCACGCACAUUCUCACCCCACAGAAACUGCUGGACACGCUGAAGAAACUGAAUAAAACAGAUGAAGAAAUAAGCAGUUAAAAAAAUAAGCCACCCCUCCCAAAAGCGACCCCUCCUCCCCCAGCGCUCCGCAGCCCCCGCUGCUGUCCGCCAGGUUACUUUGCUGACCCUCUUCCUCCCUUCCUCCCGGCUCUGCACGCCCUGGCCGGCACUGUUGCCGCUGAGUUCUUGUGUUUAAUCAUGCCCUCUUCUCGUUUAAAAUGAAAGAAAAUAAUGCAUUGUGUUUUUUAAAAAGACACUCUUCUUAUGCACCCCAAAAAGAGAAGCCCAUGUGUAAGGGGCACACUGCGGGAGAAGCUGUGGACUGUAGAGGAUGAAUGGACGCCUUCUCCCCAUUAGUUAUGGUUCCAUGACCUUGUACAUAACCCAGCGCGACACGUGCACAUUGCCUGAGUAUGGGAAGGUAGACGCUUGGGUGUUUCUAAAAACCUGUCUUGGGUGGUUUCUGUUCUUUUGGGACUCAGAUGUCGGUUCCGGGAGUAUUGCACACUGAGGAUAGAUCUGUUCCCUCGCCCCAGCCCCCGCCCCUCGGGGCCUGCUCUCACCCACAUUAGCUGGGCAGCGAAGAUCAGGUGGCACCUCGGGAGGCUGGAGCUGGAACGGCCCUGUUGGCCUUCCCCCGUGGCUUGUACCCUGGUGCUGGUGCCGUGGGCAGGGUCCAGGUGUCCACGGGAAGUCAGGCUGCGUGCCGGCUGGCGUCCUGCUGGCCACAGCACCCUCCCUGGCCCGUGUCCCCAGCGCUGGGAUCCUGAGGGGAGCCAUUCUGCAGUCUAAGUCACCGUGCCCAGAGAAGUGAGGCACAAGCUCGCACGGGGGACCUUCAUCUCUUGGAGAAGCGGUUAGGCCUGAUCCUUCUGACCAGAGGCCCCCUUUCUUAGAGGGACCAGCCUGGGGAGGGCUCAAGGGGCAGGAGCUGACUGGACAGCACGGGCUCUGCAGCCGGUCAGGGGCCCUUUCCUGUAGAGACAGUCCAUCCCCACAGACCCCAACAGCCCGAAGAAAACCCAUUGGAUCUGUACAGACUUCUUCCCACUCAGAUUAUCCUCAGUUUGAGAUACUUCCUAAUAUUUUAUUUUUUGUAAUGCGGGGUCAUGUGUCAUGCUUGUAAGAGCAAAUGAUCAUUUUAUUCUCUGUAUAAAAAUUUAGCUGUAUAAAACUUAGCUCUAAUGCAAAAAUUAAAGAAGCAAACGCAGGCAGGAUGUCUCGUCAUCCUCAAGACUCAGCAGCUCUUGUUCUCCGCAAGUGAGCGCGCCAUUCGUUCUGCUGCUGUUGUCAUGAAAUAUAAUGACAGUGGAAGUCACAAAAAUGUCCCCUGUCCAGCCCCCUGCCACCCUUUAACUCCUGCAGACCGUGUGUAUAUUACUGUCUCGUGAUGUCGUUGCAAACGUGGUGUAUGCUAGUUCAAUGCGGCCCCCGCUCUCCCUUCAGAACAUGUUCCUCAGCCGCCCCAUACAUGCAUUGUGGUGUUCUCUCCUCCGGGCUUUGAAAUCUAUCUCCCUUUGCACUCAGAUUAGUUUUCAGGUCUGUCUCCCCUCUCCCGCUUCAGAUAUCUUACUUCCUUAGGACAGAACUGGUAGGCACUUGCAUUGGUUGUUUUCUUACCGUUACUGCUUCUUUUGUCCCCUCCCCUGACCAACAGUGCUCAUGCUUCAGGACCUUGUUUGUCAAACAUGUUGGUUUUCCUUUCCUUGUUAUUUAUAUAAAAGUAAUUUAUCAAAAGGAUAUUUUAAAAAAGCUAGUCUGUCUUGAAACUUGUUUACCUUGAAAUUAUCAGAAUCUCAGUGUUUGAAAGUAUUGAAGCACAAACAUGUUAUCAUCUCUGUACUGUUCUGUACUAAAGCACUCGAGUCUAAUAAAUAAAUACAUCAGCACCCA